GAAAAAAGACGAUUAAAAGGCCAAAGGGUCGGAUCGGAUAACACCAGGCAGACAUGCACAGCUCACUCCUCGUCAUCACUGACUCACUGUUAUAAUCAAAUCAUUUAAUUUGAAUUGGGGUAGGCUUAAGAGAGUUGCGCCAAGAGGUACCCGGCCACGAUCAUUUUGUUUGCAGCUCUCAAUAGCGCACCAAGGUGGUCUUCUCCAGUUCUAUCAUCACUCUUCAUCAUCUUCAUCUUCAUCAUGGAAGAAAAUCAUGAGAUAGAGGUGAUUCACUCAUGGUCUGCUCCAAGAUCUCUCAGUAGCAGCCUUAUGUAUGCUUUUGCUCAGAGGAAUGAUACAGAAGUGCUUGAUGAACCCCUCUAUGCAAAUUUCCUUCAAGUAACAGGUGCUGAAAGGCCUUACCGUGAGGAGGUUCUGUCUAAAAUGGAACCUGAUGGAAACAAGGUUGUGAAGGAGGUCAUUUUUGGUCCAGGGAAGAAGAAGUAUCGUUACUGUAAGCAUAUGGCAAAACAUCGUGUUACUGGCUUGACAAAUGAUUUGGUGAAGAAAGCAAAGCACUUUAUACUGAUAAGGAACCCCCUCGAUAUUUUGCCAUCCUUCAACAAGGUUGUCCCACCAUCCUUUCUUGAGCUAGGUGUGGCAGAACUCGUUUCCAUAUAUAGUGAACUCUGUGAGCUGGGAAUGCCUCCACCUGUAAUUGAUGCUGCAGAGCUUCAAAAAGAUCCUGAGGCCAUUUUGCGCGGUCUUUGUGAAGACUUGGAUAUUCCUUUCCAAGCUGCAAUGCUGAAGUGGGAAGCUGGACCUAAACCAAUAGAUGGCAUUUGGGCCCCAUGGUGGUAUGGGGGUUUACAUAAAUCAACAGGAUUCGGUCCAGCAAGAAAAUAUCCUUUGCCCUUGCCAUCUUCUUUUUAUGAUGUGCUGGAAGAAAGUCUACCUUUCUACAACUUACUUUGGCGUCAUGUGAGGAUGAAAACUUCCCUUCUGAACUCUGCACUUCCUGAACCUGAUCUUCCUGUUCCUGCAAACAAGAAGCUGCUUGCAUGGGUAGGGGAUGAGAUCUUACCCCGUGAGAGUGCAAAGGUUUCAGUGUUUGAUUCGGUUGUCCAAGGUGGUGAUUCAGUGUGGGAGGGUCUUCGAGUUUACAAUGGGAAGAUAUUUAAGCUUGAAGAGCAUUUGGAUAGGUUGUUUGACUCGGCAAAAGCUCUGGCUUUCAACAAUGUUCCAUCCCGUGAAGAGGUCAAAGAUGCCAUUUUCAAAACUCUCAUUAGGAAUGGAAUGUUUGAUAAUGCGCACAUUCGACUAAGUCUAACUCGUGGAAAAAAGGUUACUUCUGGAAUGAGCCCGGCAUUCAACCUUUAUGGAUGCACCUUGAUUGUGCUUCCUGAAUGGAAACCGCCUGUUUAUGAUAAUACGCGAGGUAUACCUCUAGUGACGGCUACGACUCGUCGUAAUUCUCCAAAUAAUUUGGAUUCAAAGAUUCACCAUAACAACCUUCUCAACAAUAUACUGGCAAAGAUAGAAGGAAAUAAUGCAGGAGCUGAUGAUGCAAUCAUGCUUGACAAGGAUGGUUAUGUUUCUGAAACAAAUGCCACGAACAUUUUCUUAGUGAAGAAGGGCCGUGUUCUAACACCCCAUGCUGAUUACUGCCUUCCUGGCAUAACUCGAGCAACUGUCAUGGACCUUGUUGUAAAGGAAAACUUGGUUUUAGAGGAGCGACGGAUAAGUCUUUCAGAGUUUCAUACUGCAGACGAGGUGUGGACAACAGGAACGAUGGGUGAACUCACGCCAGUUGUCAAGAUUGAUGGACGCGUGGUUGGUAAUGGCAAAGUCGGGACUGUGACGCAUAGAUUGCAGAAUGCUUACAAAGUCUUGGCAGCAGAGUCAGGGGUGCCUAUACCCACAUUUAAUGAGACUUAAGUGCUGCAUCUCCAUUCUUCAGAAGGUUGUCAUCUUUGUCGAUGGGCACAUACUCGGAAUUAAUGGGUGAAAUCCAUUGCUAAGAAGAUGAAAUUGUUCUGACAGUGCAAGCAUUGGUUUGAAAUCGUUUGAAAUUUCUAGUGUAUGUAUUGGUUUGGAAGUGGAAACCCUUGUAUUCGUAAGACUCCAGAAGUACUUGCCUGGAUGUGCAAGUUCCCCCCCCCUUCACUCGAAACACCUCCUAUUUGUCAUGGAACUCUGGUGGUAAUAAUUUAUGUUUCUUUGAAUAUCAUGUUUGCUCCUGUAUUAAACUGUUUGGUAAUUAAUAAACUUGGACUGGAUUUUGUAUCAUAAAGUGGAGGACUUGAUGAAAUAAAAGAACUUAAGUCAA